UUCAUAUACCUCGUUUGUGGUCUAUUUAUAUACCUUGUCUGCGCCUCGUUUGUGUCAGUGGCAAAGAAUUAAUGUAUCUGUAGUUGAUAUAUCGAAUAUGUACCAUCGUUUGUAAAAUAUGUUUUCAACAUAUUUAACCGAUGGUAAAGUAGAUUAGUAGAAGUUUGUUCAGGGGUUUAAUGCAUGUUAACCUCUUUCAUUGUUUGUUGCUUUAUGCAAAUACAAAAAUAUUGCACGUUAAAUCUUGUAUACAUAUCUAUAUAUAUACGUACAAUUAAAAGUUAUGUUUUUAACCAAUGUGUUAUGUAAAAAAGUUAAAAGCAAACAUAUUUUGGUACUAGUAGAAAGUGUAGCCAGUGGUCACAAACGUAUUAAAAUGCGAGAGAGAUUAGGAGAUAAAAUAGAAGAAGUACAGUUUGAUCCUUAUAGUAAGUUUAUUGUGAUAUCCUACAAUUAUUACAUUUAUAUUCAUUUACAUUCCAAUUUAUAUUUAAAAGUUCUUUAUUUUUAGUUCGAGCAAAUGUGAUCUACCGAGAACUGAAGAAAGUUAAGAGUUUAUAAAUGUUAAUUUAAUAAACAAUUCCAUCAUGAUAAUUUGUACCAAUAUCGCUUGUAAAACUAUAAAGCGCAUAGAUAUUGCACAGAAUGAAUAAAAUAAUAUUAAGUUAACAGAGAACAUUCCUGUUAUGUUGUCUUCAUUGAGUCAGCUUAUGAAAAACAUAAAAUUUUUGCUAUGUCAAAAGCGAGACUGAUGAACGUUGAAUUUUUCACUUUCAUUUAAUAGAUGUACAAUUGAUGUUCCAGUUUCCAGAAACACAACAGGUGCGUUAAUUCCACAAAUUUUCAUUUAUCACAGGAAACUAAUGAAUUCCAAGGUAGAUAGAUACUGUUUGUUUUUCAGUUCAUGUUUUCUAAUUUUUAAUCUGUCAAAAAUUAGCCAGAACGAUGUCCAAAUUCAUAUUCUCACGCAGUCGAGAGAGAGAGAGAGAGAGA